AUGGCAAAACAGAGCUCCAAGGCUAAGAAGAUCGCUAAGAGGGAAAGACCUUCAAAUAAACAAGAGAAACAGAUACUUGAAAACAAUGUGGCCUGUGGUAAUUCAAAGAAGGCAGCUCAAAGCCAUAGGCCGAAACGAUUAAAGAGAGCCGUAUCUGAGAAAUCAUCACUUCUGGAAAGAGCUGAGGAACUUGCAGAUCAAAUGCCAGUAAAAUGUCCUCAUUUUGUCAAAGAGAUGCUUCCAUCACAUGUUGCUGGAGGCUUCUGGCUGGGUCUUCCUUCGACAUUCUGCCACAAACAUAUAGGAACAAGCGACCAGAGGAUUAUAUUGGAAGAUGAAACUGGCGAUAAGUUCAAAACAACAUAUCUCGGUCAUAAGAUGGGAUUAAGUGCUGGAUGGAGAGGGUUUUCCAUUCAUCACCAUUUGCUUGAGGGAGAUGUUUUAGUCUUCCAAAAAGUCAGGGCUCAUGAAUUUAAGGUUUAUAUAGUUAAACCAAAUGGUUCAAAAAAACUGAAGUUUCCCGGCGAUCACGCAGAGGACUCUCAAAUGGCAUCCGUUACUACAUGUAGUAUUCCAACAACAUGUGAUCUUUCUGAAGAUAUAUUGUACAUUGACAAUUAUGUCGGAGGUACAGAGAGUGAAGAAGAUAUGUUCAAUUAUAUUGACAAUUAUGAAGCCGGUGCAGAGAGUGAAGAUGAUAUUGACCCUGAAAUUUUCAAAGGAGCUGGGCUUUCGGAGUCUUCUGUCACUUGUUUUAAAGAAGUGACAUGCAUCGAGAAGUUCAAGAUCAUAUUCAAUGGCUGUAACAUCAAUUCCCAGGUUCCUAAACUCGUCCUGAAGAAAUAUUAUGAGCUUUGCCGCGGCCAAAACUCAUACCUGCAUGAAAAUCUUGUGGAGUCUCUUAACAGCCAGCUGGUUGCUGGACUAAUCUCUGAGACGGUCAAUAUUGCAGAUGCAAUUAAAUUCUGCAAGAUUACCACCGAGGAGUCUGAGUUUUCGAAGUGGGACAAGACCUUGCAAGCCUCUGAGAUGUUAGGCAUGAAUGUGGGCUUCAUGCGCAGCCGAGCGAGCAAGCUUGCAAGCCUUGCGGCAGAAUCAAAGACGUACAAAGACGCGAGACUUGCAAGAGAGCAAGAAGAAGCAGAGUUUCGGGUCAGGUUGGCUGACUUUUUGAAAGAAAAAGAUAAAGCAGAUCGGGAGGGGUCUGAGAAAUCAGUGCAGGUUGCUGCAAGUUUCAAACAAGUACUGACAAAUGUACCUCGGUGA